AUGUGGAGGCGAAUAGUUGGGUAUUUUUCAGAGUCGCCUGAUGAGACCAUUAACUUUGAAUGGUGUUGUCGUCCGCUUUUGGUCGCCAUGAAUCUAUUUGGAAUUCCAUUGGGGAUGCACGAAGCAGACGAAUCGAUACGUGUUUGGAUCAGCAACGUGUUUGGAUGGAUUCUGUAUUUCAUGAACGUGGCAACCGGUUUGAUUAUGAUUUGCAUCGAAAGUGAAUUUGAGAAUGUUGCAUCAGUCAAUGGCAAAUCGAUUGAAGACAAUCGGACAACGGCGUGGCAAUGGAACAGCGGAAUAAGUACUUACAACGCUGUCUGUUCGACGAUAGCCAUUCAGACCGUCCUGCUGGCCAUCACUGCAGUUCGAUGGAAAGAUCUUGCACGAGUCCUCCAUCGAAUGGAGCGAAUAAAUCAAUUCAGCCCAAAAGAGUUUUCUCAUUUUCGUACCAUUUUUCGAUUAGGAUUGCUAGUCGCCAUUUUUAUGUGUGUGGCUGUGUUUUUCCUGUCGAUGUCUGCCUAUUUCGACACCGGUUUUCUCCUGUGGCAAAUGAUAUUCUAUUCGUUUCAACGAUCGUUUAUCGUUUUCAUUUGCUUGGCUGUUGUGUUGUUCAUUUGCUUUGGAUGGAUGGCCUCCACUAUGAUGCAACUACUCGGCAAAGAGAUGACGCAUUUCGUCUCGGAUCCCGAUGGAAAUGAUACAACUCAAUUUGUCGCCUUAAUAUCUAGAUGGAGUCGUCAUUAUUUCACGAUUAUCGAGUUCGUUCAUCAAAUGAAUCGUUGCUUUGGUUGCUUAUUGCUGGUCAUGGUAGCCCCAGCUUUUGUACGUGUCAUCAACACUUCGUUUCAUCUGAUGAUCGACAUGAAAGACGGACAAUGGACGGUUGAUGUUACCGUACAAUUAAUCGUCUUGUUUUUUAAUUUUGUCGGUUUCACCUUCAUGACUAAUAUCCCGCACAGCAUUCGUCAAGAGGCAGUUGAUUUGACCAAGAAAUUACGCAAACUCCACUUUGAAGAUUAUGCUCUUCAAAACCAGGUGAAUGUCUUGAUGAUGGAAAUAUCAAAUUCCUUGCCGAAAAUUACAGCAGCUGGUUUCUUUGACGUCGAUCUCCAGCUUAUUCCAACGCUUAUUGGAACAACAUUGACGUACCUCAUCAUCCUCUUUCAAUUUCAAACGUCGGAGAAACGUUGAAUCAUUUAGGACAACGCCGGAUAGACUCAUUGCCCUCACAUUUAUUUAAUCAAGUCGCCUUAGAAAAGGCUUCGUAUAAUUCCUAACGUUCAUCCAACACCUCUCUGAUAAUCAGCACGCUUGAAAGGCAAAAC